CAUAUCGCGUGACCUGUCAACAUCGACAUCUAUCGCCAUGCUAAUGGAGCAGUUACGGAGUGGGAUUUUAUUUUCAUAUCCACACCUCACUUUGAAAUUGUCGGUCGUCGCUGUGUUCCUAUAGUGUCAACGCCAGAAGGCACAAUACCGUAAAUCUGUAACGGAAUCGGAAAGGAAAACACAAUUUCUUAAAAUUAUGACUGCAAACAGAAUCACCCACAAGUGAAUCCUAUCUUCCAUAUUGAAUAAAAACCUAUCCUUGAUGAAAUGUCAAGAUGUGCUUACUGUGGGGAUGAUAUCCCUGCAGACAAAACGCUUGUAACAGACAAGAAAGAGUACCACGAGGAAUGCUUAACGAUUAACAUUCCAAGGGGAAAAGACGCCCAUGCCAUCUUCAAAACAAUUUCUACUCAGUCCAAUAUUUUGUGUAUGGCAAUACAUGUAAACUAUCUGCACGGACUAGCAGCGAAAUCUCAACAUAGGAAGGACAAGAAGGAAAAGAGGGCUCUAAAAGUAAAUGAACUGCUGAAAAAAGCUACUGCCCUUCGUAAUACAAACUCUGGACAUAUACUUAUACACCUGGUAGGGCGUGACCAACAAGACAAUUUCACUGGCGCAUUUAACGAAUUUGCAGAUGAAAAACUUGAGGAGCUUAUUCAAGAUGGAAGUCUCUUCACUGAUGUCUACAAGAAGCAACUCUUGAGUGAUUAUUGCAUUGGUUUGCAAGAGAUAAAGAAGGAAAAGGAUGAAGUGUUGAAGCAUUUGAAAGAAAGCAUACAAGAGAAAGAAAAUGAACAUCAGUAUCUGAAAGAACAGCUAGAAAAGCAGCAGCGGGAUUUGGAUGACAAAGAUGAGAUGCUAGAUAUAUUGUUGGAGAAUAGGUUGAAGGAAGUAGAGACACUGAAAGAACUAAAAAAGCUGAAAAGAGCAUUGAAAGUGAAUGAAAAACAGGACUUAUGUACUGAUAUUGAUAACAAGAUACUAAGGGAUGUUCAGUCAUACACUGACUUUAUAGUCCUGUACGUUGAGGGCGGUUUGUUUUUAACUACAUCUGACCCAAAGACGAAGAUCGCCCUGGAUGAUCGAAUAAAAGAUCCAUCAGAUCAAACUUUGAUCACUUUCCUGAAACGAAGAAGACAGUUUACAGACUUGUAUCCAGAUGAAAGGAAGUUUGAAGACUUAAAAGUGUUAAACGAAAGUAGAUCAAUUCAGUUUAAAGGAUACUACAGGGAGGGAGAAGAAACAGAUGCUAACAUCGUUGGUUUCAUGUUUGAAGACCACAAACUACCGCAAUAUAUAAGCGCAUUCACGAAAAAUCCAUCUGGUGGUUCAUAUUUCUUCGGCAUAGCAGAAAAAGACGUGUCCUUCAAUCAAUACAAGUCUAAGCUACUGGAAAGACAGCAGGUACCCGUCACUGACCACCAGAAAGUGGCGCUGAUGAUCAAGGAAAGGAUCACCGAGUCAGUAUUAGCAUGUGAUUACGAUGGUAAUACUAACCAAACCAUCCACAUGGAGGUUUUCUUCAUUCCUUCUCCUCGAGAAAAUGCCUCUGAAUCCAAAGAACUUGCAAUCCAAGUGCAAGUUCAGCCUGUGACUGGAAUAGUCUUUUAUGAUAAAGAGGGACCGCUUGCCUACAGGGUUGAGAAGGAUGCUGUGUCUAAAUAUACUGUCAGUGAAUGGUUUUACGCUGUCACCGGAACUAGUGUACUCAAAGACUCAAGAUUAGAAACAACGGUAUAGAGACAUGAAGAAAUUACAGAAGUCCGUACAAAAGAAGGAAGAGGAGAAACUCCACUUGAAUAGCAAAAACUUCCUGCGUCCACCUUUGAAACAAAUAGAUGCUAGCAUCACUGAGAUUAAACACCACUUUGAGCAAAAAGGUUCGGUAACCAAAGUUCCAUCCCGGUUAGCUGAUGUUUGGCGGAAUAUUGGGGAUGAAGUGCAUUCCCUACUGAAGAAGGACGGAUUUUUGUUUCAUAAAAGCAUUCUUAAUGGCUUCACUACGUGUGGAGAACUUACCGCCUUUGUGCAUUUGUCAGAAUCAUUAGCAUUAACUUUAGACUUCCCAGUUCUACCACGAGAGAAUGAGGUGAAGUGUGAUUUGCUCCUAAUUACGCCUCACCAACCCAUCAUGGUGCUGACACUACUGGACUGUGACAAUAAAACGAGGAUUGCUAUUAAUUACAACACCGCUGUGGCCAGAGAAGUGACAACAAAACUACGUAGAUUCACAAAUGAAAAUGUCAACGUUGUACAUGGAGUUCUGUGUAAGACUGGUCUGAUAAAUAAUGAUAUGUGGUACAUAAAGUUAAGGGAACUUGCUGCCUUAUCUGCAUCCCUUGUUCCUGAAUCUUCCCUAAUGAUGACUCCAUCAAAAUAUGAACACGUGAUGGUGGCCUUCUGGGCAGCCGUUGCUGAGACAAAGUCAGUCCUGACAGAGACAGGUGAAGUCGAUGACAGUUGUAUCUAUUUUCUAACUAAAGAUCAGUGUGUAUAUCUUGUGGAGAACAUAGACAGUAAAUAUGUCCAAUUGAGGUAUGGCCCUGGUACCGGAGCAACUACUUUGAUGCUUGAGGUGGCGAGGAGACUAAGUCGAUUGGGCGACACUCUACUGGUGUGUAGCUCCCACGAAGAAAGGGACAGACUCAGAUCUGUAUACCCGUCAACAAUAUCAUUGGAUGAUUUGUCGGAAUGGGAUAUUUCAGUCUUUGAACACGUAGUUCAUAAAACUAACAGUCUGCCAUUUAAACUAAGUGGUCGACAAUGGAGCUUUCAAGAAGAUCCACAACAGAUGUCUAAAGAUUCAGCAACCCCAAGCGCGCUGAAACCGUCAAUGAAUGAGGAAGGCUUCUAUUAUGACAGUAAAGACUUUCUCCGCCCACGUUUUAAACAGACAGAAACAAUGAUUGACGACAUUAAGCGCCAUUACAUUCUCAAAGGAGAUGUCAACAUUGUCCCUACAAAACUUCCUACCAAUCUUAUUGACAUUAAAGACAAACUGUUUUCGAUGUUGGAGACAAACGGACCAUUGUAUAGUCAGGCUCUUGUGAAUGGAGAAGCUGUGGACGCAAAUUGUGACACAACGUGUUUUGUGCAUUUGUCAGAGUCGUUAGCAGUGUCAUUAGACUUCCCUGUGUUACAGAGACCAGGUCAAAUCAUGUGUGACAUAUUUCUAGCAAUGCCCCAGCAGCCACUCAUGGUAUUGACAGUAGUUCGUCGCUUCAGUGAUACAAUAGAGGACAUACGAAUAUAUAACACUUCAGUUGCAAGGGGAGUCACUGCAAACUUACGUCGGUUCACACAUGAUGGUAUUAACGUAGUGCAUGGAAUCAUCUGGACCAGUGAUUUGAAAGACCAGGGUGUGUUUUUUGCAAAGUUGCAGAAAAUGGCAAAAAGAUGUUCAUCAUUUGUUCCCUACUCUUCGUUAGUGAUGAAUGCUUCCAAAUACGAACAUGUGAUGAUGGCGUUUUGGGCAGCUGUUGCUGAGACGAUGACUGGAUGUGAUGGUGAAGAUGCGAAUUAUCUGACUUUUCUAAAAAAAGAACAGUGUAUUGUUCUCUUGGAGAAUAUGAACAGUAACAACGUGGAGGUGAUAUGCGAGUGUGAUGAAGAUGCCAGGACUUUGAUGCUUGCAGUGGCAAGAAGACUAAACAGACUUGGUGACACCCUACUAAUGUGUAGAUCCAAGGAAGUGAGGGCCAGACUCAGAUCAGAGCACAACUCCACAAUGUCGAUACAUGACGUGUGGUGUGCGGAUCUAUCAAGAUUUGAGAAUAUUGUCUAUGAUGCGCACGUCUUACCGUUUGAACCUCGUGGUCGACGGUGGCUUUUCAAAACGGUUUCUGGUAGCGCCAAAGAAAUGAAAGUCAGAUUAGAGACAGCGGAAAAGGAGGUGCACGAGAUGGAGAGACAGAUUACCAGUUUGAGGAAUGAUGAAUGGAAGGGGCAGAUGGAAUAUAUCUUUGGGGAAGCUGAUGUUCUGAAGUUGUUUCCACUGUUAUACACAUUCUACACAACAAACUUCCUGAUGACCAGCCUGAAUGGUGGAUCAUCGACAAAAGAAUCCAUGCUACAUGCUGAUGUUACAGCACAUGAACCCCCAAACCAGCCUUUGGGUGGUGACGAACAAACGGAGAAAGAGCUCCAGAAGAGGAUGAAACUAAAAAAGGAACUUUUUCAUUUUCUCAGAAUGGCUGCUAUUGAUGUUAGGACAAAGCUGUUGUUUCUACAAGAGACUGCAACCCACUCGAGAACGGGUGCUACACUAGAAAUGUUUACAACAGAUGAUACACCAGAACAUGUGAAAGGUCAGACGAAGCCAAAGAGCGUAUUUCGCAAAGUAAUCGGUUCCAUCAAGAAGAAAGUCUCAAGAAAAAGAAAGGGGGGAAAGACACAAGAGCAGAAUGUGCUUCAAGAUGUUCCUCUACUGUCUGAAGGGAACUCAGAAGAUGGACGGGACCCACAGAAGACAGCAAUGGAGGGACCGCAAUCAUCCUCCGAAGGUGUAACAACAGAACAGGGAGAAGAAAAUACAGAAAUGAAAGGACAGGGGAGUGUCGACAAUGUAACUCAAGAUAAAACUGAUGUGUAUUUGCCUCCUGACUCGGUGCAAUACAAGAAUGGGUUGAUUUUAGCGGAUGUUAAGGACGUUUCUUCUCACAUAAGCGAAACAAGCCCCGGAGAACGUCUGCAUCUGCAAAACACCACAACAAAUGAUCCUAGGGAUACUGGAGAUGAAGAGAAACUGAAAGAAGAUUUGGAAAAUAUAGAGAAGGAAAGAGACGCUAAACUACUUCAACUUGUUUCCCUUUACACAGUGGAAUGGCAGAACAUCUUGUCCUACCUGGAUACAAAUUUGUCGAUCUCUCCCUUUGCCGAGCACCAAGAGAGUAUUUGCACUGUUGCUGAUACUAUGAAAUCAACAUCGCACACAAACCUCCCCUUGCAAAGAGGAUUGGGUAGUAGUCACCCAAGAUUUCAGAAGCAAAGUCUAGUUCAUGAUCUGAGGCAAUUUCAACAGGGACGAUUGACGGAAAGGCGUCUGUUCACAAUGUUUGGACAUAUGAUCUCAGGGGUCAAGAAGAAUAUGAUAUCUCUGCAGACUAAAGUCUGUGGUUCUCCUGUCCAUAUUGUGGGGGGAGUGGUCUCACCAGGGUCGUAUCUUGUGUCUUGUAAUACACUACAACUUGAUACUGAUCGCGCCAACAUUUCGAUGUGCCAUGUUACAAAAGACGGUGAGUUAGUAAAUUCACCACCCGCCACACGGAAUCAACGUCAGUCGAGCUUUCAGUCCUACAGUGGCACGUGUAGCUCCACCCCCAUCCCCCUUCUUUCAUCCAAUCUCACACCAGUCCACCCAACGUCCCAAUACUGGGAGACCAAGUCAAGGGUCGGCGUGAUGAGUGACGCUGGACAACCGAUACUGGAGUUGGGUGUAGUAGAGGCAGGGCAGUUGGACAGGGCAGGCUGGGUGUGUUAUCAGCGUCGCUCCUGGUGUAUCGGUGUAUGGAGUUGCCACAAACACAGGGGGGUCUGUACCUCCGUGGAUCAGGAAGCAGAACCAGGCAAGUGUUGGACAAACACCAUGUCUAACACUCCCGGAACACAGGCCUCCCUCCAUCAUGGCGCUGUGCUGGAUGUGGGGAGGGGGAGGCUAGCCUUCAUCGAUCUGGAUAGGGAGGUUGUUUUAGCGAGGAUGAAUGUGGAGUUCAGAGAACCACUCUACCUGACGUUUGCUGUUGGUCCGUGGCCAGAUCGUUACACUGUUAAGACGACCCUGAUCAGCGGGGAGGACAUCGUCAUGACUGACACAAAGAAAUCUCUCAUUGCCAAUGCGCUGACGUAGGAAAUAAACAGAUAGGAACUCUGUGAUGAAAUCAGUGAAUUGAGAGAUAUGUAUCAAUAACAUGCGAUACACUUGGAUGAAGUGGUUGUGAAAAUGUCUUGCUUUUUCGCCGUAUGAAGCACCGCAUUGUGUCCAUUCAGCUGCCAGGAUCCUAAACUCAUUCGUUCGAAUCCUAGAUACGCCCUCAUUAUGAUCCUGUGAUUGUCAGCAUCAUACCCAUGCCAGCACUAUACCCAUGCUUGUAUAUUUCCAAACAUUGGUAAAUGUAUUACGCCUUAUCACUUUGGUAUUUCCUUAAUUAACUGCGACACUUCUCAAAGAUGCACUUAACCCACAAGAUGAUACCAACACAAGUGUGAGAAACAGGUCUGCAUUCAUUGACUAAAUCGGACAUUAUUAUUACAGGCACGUGGGCUAUUCCUGGCGUACAUAACCUAGCUAGCUAAAUGUGUUUCUGAGCUGCAUCAGAGCAUUCAACAGCGUAUUGUGGACGCAUGUAAGCCUCGCGACAGUAGGUAUGUUCGGCGCGAAUACAUGUCUAAUGUAGCGUUCAGCAAUAAUCAUUCACUCACACGCUCACAGACGUUUAUGUUGAGUUAUUGUUGCAGGUACCGAGAUGGGACAUUUAAGAGUCUGUCAUGUUAUUUCCCCUGAAUUAUAUGUUUUAAUGGACACAAGCAUAGUUUUAUGAUCAGAUUACAACUAAAGCGGCUCACGGAGGUGGCCCAGUCGCCAAAAGCGCCGCGAUUCGCUGUGCAGAGUUGCGUCCCUGGGGCACGCCAGAAACCAAUGAUUGUGAGUUCGAAUCCCUGUUCGCCCCGAUUAUGUUUCUA